AUGGCCUCCGUUCGUCCAAAGUCAGAGGCCGACACGCCCUCGCCCCCUUCUGGCGAUGCCGCGUCCAAGGAUAUCUCGUCCGAAAACAGCAAGGUCAAGAGAAAGCGACAGUCCCAGAGCUGCGAUGCGUGCCGUGCCCGCAAGGUGCGCUGCGCCCGCGAGAACCCCGAUGACCCCAAGCAGUCGUGCAAGCACUGUAUCACCCUCGGUAUCCCAUGCACCUACGACUACCAACCCAAAAAGAGAGGCCCCCCUAAUCUCUAUCUGCGCCGCCUGCAGGAAGCCGCAGCGGCAGCGGCGGCCGUUCAGCAGCAAGAUGGUCAGACAUCUGCCGACUUGACCCACUCGCCAUCGUCCACGUCACAUAGUGCCGCCAGCCCGACCCACACCAUCGCCCAGGGUGGCCUCACGUCCUUAUUCGACGCCACAAUGAGUCCCGUGUCCUCCCUGCACUCUGCGGGGCUGUCUGCCGCACGGUAUACAAUGCAGCCAGACGGCUUCCACUCACAUUUUCCGUCUAUGCCAUCGAUCACGCCGUCCUACAGCACCUCGCGCGCGUCGGCAGUCGACGACCCCCAGGCGUUCGCGUCCCCCCACGAUCAGUUCAGUACAUACCCACUUCACAACUGGUCUUACCGGCAGCACCAGUCCCUCUCGAUACCAUCCCCAUCAACGAUACCCCCGCUCUCCUACUAUUACCGCCCACACCGACUCGAGGACGUCGCGCCGCGCGACACCAUGCUGCUCAUCAUCGCGCUCUUCUUCGACUUUGUGUACCCACUGACGCCGUGCGUCCACAAGCCGUCCUUCAUGGCUGACGUGCACUCGCACCGCGAGCAACGCGAUCCGCUGUUCUUCGCGCUUGUCAUGUCCACUGUCGCGUCCACGCUAGUCCAGGUUCCUCGCUCGUAUCUCCCCAUGGAAAGGCACGCGGUACGUAAGCUUGCGCAGACGUGCCAUGAAGCGAGCAGGCAUAUUUCCGUCGCCUCGUAUGACCCGCCGACAGUCAUGCAUGUUGUUGUCCGCUACUUCGACACUAUCUACCAUUUCUGCGAGGGCCAUGACGCGACGCAGCACGCGGCAUUUGGCGAGGCUGCGCACAUUGCCAUCACCCUUCGCAUGCACGAAGAGUCGUCCUAUGAAGGACUCGACCUCAUCGAAUGCGAGGUACGCCGGCGCACCUUUUGGCUGCUCUUCGGAGCCGACAAGUCCAUGUCGAUCCUACUCGGUCGCCCCAUCUCAUUGCGCGACGAGGACACCACGUGCAACUUCCCUCGGGAGUUGGAUGACGAAUACAUCACGCCGAGCGCGUACCUCCCGCAGCCGCACGGCAAGACGGCCAUCGUCGCGGGGCUGAACUACAUCUCGCGCAUCUUCGCGCUGCUCGGCGAGAUCCUUGUGCGCAUCCGCGUCGACAAGCGCUCGCCGCCGCAAGGGCAGUUUCUCACUGCGCGGCUUGAGGAGGUGCAGGCGCUGCACGCGCGCAUCCUGGGCGCGCUCGCGCAUGCGCCGGAGCCGCUGCGGCUCAAGACGGUGCACGCGCCGCAGCACAUCCCGCCCGAGUACGGCGGCGCGGGCUUCCGCCAGGCGACGUUUGCGGAGGUCAAGGACUUUUUCGACAACCCGAACGCGUCGCGCGAGAAUGCGCUCAACCCGUUCCUCGUCAUGCAGGCGAACGUGUAUGUCACACAGCAACUGGUUCGAUUUGUGAUCGAGCAGUACCGCGACGAGUUGAUGACGUCCCUGCAGGGGAGCGUCGACGAGCAGCGCGUCGCCGAGGACAGGGAAGCCGUUGCGAGUGAGCUUUUGAAUAUUCUGCAUAGCAUUCCCAUCCAGUCGAUCGCCACGAACGGGCCCUCAUUGGUACAUAAGGUGCGAUUCGUCGCGUCGACGCUGCUGGACGCGGUGCGCAAGGCGGAGACCGCGCCGGCGUCCGCGGCGCGUGCACACGCGUAUCUGUGGGACUUCCUGUCGAUUCUGUCCGAGAUCGAGAGAAAUUAUCUGCUGGAUGACGACAGAGACGUGGUGUCGAAUACGGACGGGAUGCCCAUGAUGGGCGGGAACUAG